CGUGUUGUCCCUUCGGUGGAAAACAGACUGUGUCGCACGCUCCGUUGCUGUUUUUCGUUUGUUAAUUAGCCAAAACCGUAUCGUAUUUUAAUUAAACGCUUUACCAUGGCUUACAAUCUAGUGAACCUUGCUAAAUCUACCUCAUCCUUAACUGGAAGUCUCGCCAAAACCGCCCUUCGUAGCAUUAGCACCACGAACACUGUGUACGAACCCCGCCGGCUGCCGGAUAAAACUGGCAAAAAUGUAGUACUGGUUGAUGGUGUCCGCACGCCUUUCCUAACGUCCGGUUCGGACUACUCAAAACUAAUGCCCCAUGAGCUAGCCCGUCAUUCGCUGUUGAGCCUUCUUCGUAAAACAAAGGUAGACAAAGAAGUGAUCGACUACAUUGUAUACGGCACGGUGAUCCAGGAGGUGAAAACGUCCAACAUUGCACGAGAAGCGGCGCUCAGUGCUGGCUUCAGCAACAAAACUCCGGCCCACACCGUAACGAUGGCCUGCAUAAGCUCUAACCAAGCCAUCACGACAGGUAUGGGACUGAUCGCAACCGGCACGUACGAUACGAUCGUUGCCGGUGGUGUCGAAUUCAUGUCCGACGUUCCGAUCCGACACAGUCGCAAGAUGCGCUCGCUUAUGCUGCGUGCCAACAAGGCCAAAACCGUAGGCCAACGGUUGCAGCUGCUCUCCACCAUUCGUCCGGACUUUUUCGCUCCAGAACUUCCCGCUGUGGCUGAAUUUUCAUCCGGCGAAACGAUGGGACACUCGGCCGAUCGGUUGGCUGCGGCAUUUAACGCUUCGCGCCAGGAGCAGGACGAUUAUGCACUGCGUUCGCACACCCUAGCCAAGGAGGCACAGGAUAAGGGCUACUUUACCGAUCUGGUACCGUUUAAGGUUUCCGGCGUAGACAAAACGAUCGAGAAAGACAAUGGUAUUCGUGUGUCGACGAAGGAAUCGUUGGCCAAACUGAAGCCAGCCUUCGUGAAACCUUACGGCACGGUGACGGCUGCCAACGCAUCCUUCCUUACGGACGGUGCCUCCGCCUGUCUGGUGAUGACUGAGGAAAAGGCGAAAUCGCUCGGAUUGCGCCCGAAAGCGUACCUUCGGGACUUUUUGUACGUAUCGCAGGACCCAAUCGAUCAGCUACUGCUUGGCCCGGCCUAUGGCAUCCCGAAGCUGCUGAAGAAAGCCGGUCUUACGCUGAAGGAUAUCGAUACAUGGGAAAUUCAUGAAGCUUUUGCUGGUCAAAUCAUCGCCAAUCUGAAAGCACUCGAUUCCGACUAUUUCUGCAAGAAUUAUCUGGGACUGAACGAAAAGUUCGGCGCUCCUGAUAUGUCCAAGUGGAACAACUGGGGAGGCUCGCUAUCGAUCGGACAUCCGUUCGCGGCCACCGGUGUUCGUUUGUGCAUGCAUACGGCAAACCGACUAGUGCGCGAAAAUGGACAGCUCGGUCUUAUUGCUGCUUGUGCCGCCGGUGGACAGGGCGUUGCCAUGCUGUUGGAACGACACCCGGAUGCUAACGCCGAGUAAAA